AUGCCGAGCUCCGAGUACUCCGCCGUCACCGGCGGCGCGCUCAAGCUCAAAGGCGGCACCCCCAUCGACAAGAAGAAGAAAAAGAAGAAGCCGAAGCAGCAACCAUCUACCGACGCCGAGACAGCAGCCUCUUCUUCCUCCGCCGCAGCAGCAGCGAAAGACGACGAGCGAUCCGCCCUCCAGCGCGCCCUCGCCGACGAAGACAAGACGGACGGCAGCGAUUCGAAGAAGCGAACCGAAUCGGGCGAGGGAAGCAACAACGAGGAUGAGCAGCAGCUGGGCAGGGCCAUCGCGGCGCAUAGGCAUAAGACCGAGGCGGAGAGGAAGUACGAGGAGAGGAGGCGGAAGAGGUUGGACGAGCGGUUGAAGCGCGAAGGCGUCAAGACGCACAAGGAGCGCGUCGAGGAGCUGAAUAAGUACCUCAGCACGCUGAGCGAGCACCAUGACAUGCCGAGAAUUGGACCGGGAUAA